AAAUAUUGAAAUAUAAAAAAUGUUUAAAAAAUAUCGCCAUUGUUAUUAAAAUAUAUAUACUACACUCUGCACGAAUGAUGUAAAAACUUGUAUUGAACGUUUCAGUAUAGAACAAGGCGCGGGAAUUAUGAACCUAUUAAUAUUCUGGAAGGUUUUGAUGAAGUAUCGACGUUUGAUGUACAAGACUUUAAAGAUACGACAUUUUUUCCACUUCAAUUUAAUAGACAUUUAUUUUGGUUUAUGGCAGGCAUUAACUCUAAUGGAAUUUCAUUAUAUCAAUUAAACAAUAACAAAUUUGAUCAUAUUAAAUCAUAUUCACAAUAUAAUGGCAUGCGUAUAAUAGUAGACAACUGUAUGCAUAAUACUGUAGCAGUAAUUCAAACUUUUAAUGAGAGUAUAAUAAUAUUGAAAUUUAAUUAUGAUAAGACUGCAUAUAUAUUAUCCUUUGUGCAAAGUCUUCAAAUACCUGCUAUAACUGAUAUACAUACAUGGCAUUACAUGAAUCAUUUAUAUCUAGGCAUAGCAUCACGUCAUAAUAUAUCAAUAUAUAUUUGGCUUGGAGAACACUUUGAUUUUAUACAAGUUUUGAAUUUUGGAGCAGAAAAAUUAACGUUUUUUCAUAAUAAAGGAUUUAUGAAUCUUAUUUGUACUGCAUCUCGUACAAUCAUAUUACGUCAUUUUUUCCAUUUUAAUAGAUUUAUAAUAAUUCAGACCUUACCUGCUAAUAAUGCUAUUAUGACAUUUGAUGUAAUCAAGGAUCAUCUUAAGGAACAUUUUAUAUGUUUAUCUACACAUCAAAAUACAGUCGUGUACAAGGAAGUACAUGGAUAUUUUGUACCAUUCCAAAAAAUUUCUGUCGCAGAGAAGAUAAUACCAUUAAUAGUUAGAAAAGCUGUUAUACUAUUAUUACUCAAUAAGAAUGUUAUAACAAUUUAUCAGUAUGAUGGGUGGAAAUUUGUACAAUUAAAUGUUAAAGUAUCAGAAGUCAAUGAUAUUUAUUUGGUUUAUUUCUAUGAAAAUGAAUUAAUAAUUAUAAAACAUGGAGUUUCUACAUGGAAAUUAAUAAAACCAAGAUGGGGUGAAAAAAUAUCUUUACUUGGUUUCGAAAAUGAAAUAAAAUCUUGGUGCAUUAAAGCUAAAACUAUUGCACAGAGAAUACCUAAGGCUAGAAUAACUAUAGAAAAACCAUUGCCAAUAUUAAAUGGUCAUAUACGUGAAAUUCAUACUCAAAAUAUAAAUGGAUACGAUUCAAAGGAAUGGCAGAAUUUAACGAGACAAUAUAAUUAUUUAACUACAAAAUUAAAAGCAAUAAAUCAUUCUUUGAGUAAAAAAUUAAACAACAAUAAUAGUCAAUUUAAAACACUACAUGCUCAUAAAGUACAAGUAACGUGUGAAUCACUAUGCAAAGUUAAUAAUAUAAUAAUAAAAGAAAAAACUAAUCCAUUGUUUAAAUUAAGAUCCAUAAAAAACAUUGGUCAGAAUUUAACAUUUACAAGUUUAAAAAUAGAGAACAUUGAUAACUUCAAAUGUCCUAUUCCUGCAUUUACACCUAAAAAUUUUUAUCUCCAAGGAUUAAUUAAUAAUAUUUCAUUAUCAGAUUUACAAAAAAAUACAUUAAAAACUAGUGGUAAUCAAAUGAUUACAGGUGAUCAUGUUUUUGUUGAAUUAGAUGUUUUUCAUAGCGUCAUGCCAUUAGAUAUUGCUACAAAUUCUACAAUGAAAAGUGUAUAUGCUAAAGAGAUUAGAGUAAAAGAAUUACAUUUAAAAAAAGAUGGAUUUUUAUUACCAUUAAAUGGACCUCUAUCUAAAAUAUCAGGAUGUAUAACAGCAUCAAAAGUAAAAGUAAAAGGGCUUAUUAAUUUAAAUGGAGGAUUGAAAGGUGAAAGUACAAGUUCAUUAAUGCCAGUAAAACAUGUGCCAGAUUUUAUGGAAAUAAAUGAAAAUCGCAAUUUCCACAAUAUUACAAUUGUAAAUACAUUGAAAACUAAAGAUGUAUAUAGACAAAGUGGCAAAUCUCUAAAAAUUAUUUUAGACAAUGGAAUAUUAAUAAAUAAUAAUAAUUUCCCAAUGCACUUAAUAUUUUCCAACAAUAAUGUGAUCUGGAGAAAUGUUACAAUAAAAGAUUACAAUAAUUGGGUAACAGCUCAUUCUGAUAAUAAAGUGAUCAUAUCAGGAAAAAAAGAAACAAUGUAUAAUGUGAUAUUACCACAGUCAACUUAUAUACAAUCACUGAUUCCAAAAUACAACUUUUCCUUAUGCGUCUCAACUGCAAAUGUUUCAAACAUAAAAUUAUCUCAAGUAUUGAUAGAAAAUAUGACUGUAGAAAAUUUAAACAGUUUUCAAGUAUUUGGAGCAAAAGAAUUAAACUCUACUAUUUUUGAAACAACAGCUUCUGUCAAUGCUAUUGAUCUAUCAAAAAAGUAUUUCAUAGGUGUAACUACUGUGAAAAAUAUUCUACCAUCUAAUAUUAAAGGAUUUAAUCUAGAAGGAUUUCAAGAAAUUUUAAACAUGUGGAUAGAAAAAAACAUUUUUAAGGAUAUAAGAAAUGCAACACGUGUAAAAGUUAAUAAUCUUCAGACUCCUACAAAAAUAAAUUUUCCAUUUCCUACUACAGUUAGGAAUGUGAUAUCAAAAGGAAAUACUUAUGCUACAAUUAUUAAUGGUGAAGAUAUACAUCGUUUUAUGAAAAAUGCAGUUAGAGUAAAUGAUACAAUUUCUUUAAAUAAUACAACAUUUAGUGUGGGAUUAAAAUCUAACAAUGUACAGUUCUUCUAUGGACCACUUAAUUUCACUUAUCCAGGAGUUCAUCUAAAUUUGCAUUCAAAGCAUAUUUUGGGAAAUGUGCAAAUAGGAAUGCUGAAUAUAUUAAAACCUAUUAUUCAUGAAACAUACAAUACCUCAAAAAAUUAUAUAAUACAAGGUAAUGUAACUUUUACAUCUGAACCUACUAUCAAAAAUAUAAAUAACAUCAAUCUGGAAAAGCUCUCUUCAGAAAUUUAUAAAAUUGAUGAAAAUAUGGUUGUAUCUGGUAAUAAUUUUCUAAUAAAAAAUAUGACUGUAAUAGGAAAUAAUAUUUCUAAGACAUCUCUUUAUAUACCAUAUUACAAUUCUUGGACAAAUAUCUCAUACAGUCUAUUGAGUAAAACUAAACCUCAAGAAAUAAGUGUCCCUUGUUGGUUUAACAAUAUAGAAGUUGACAGUGUCAAAGGUUUUAAGAAUUCAUCUAUAAAAUCUUCUGAUGCACAAAUAAAAAAUAUAAUUGAAAUGUCUCUUAAAAGAAAUGAGUCUCAAGUAAUUCAGAGCAAAUGGCAUUUUGAAAAAUUAAUAUUAUCAGGUCAUGUAAAUUUACAAGGAAAAAUUAAUAACAUGAAUUUAAGAACUGAUGUUGUCAAAUAUAGUAAUAAACAAAAUAUUAUUACUGGCACAAAGACAAUUUUAGGAUUAGCUACUGAACAUUUGCGUGGAUUAAAUUUCAAUGAAUGGUCAAAAAAUGCUGUAUUAUUAAAACAACAAAAUCUAAUCAUAGUGAAAGGCCAAAAGAUUUUUACAGACAUUAAUAUUUCAAAUUUAAGUUUGGAUGGUGCCAUAAUGGGGAAAAACAUAAAAAAUGCAUUUUUGAAAUCAAAACCACAAAUUAUUAAUGGCUUUAAAAUUUUCGAUGGUAAUAUCAAAAUGCCAAGCUUAUUAGUUGAUGGUUUAAUGAACGAUGUUAAUUUUACAAGUUUUAUUAAUAAUCUGUUGAAGAAAAAUAAGCCUGUACAAACAUUGAAUACGGAUAUUAUUUUAAAAGAUAAUUUAGAAAUAUUGGGAAAUAUUUUCAUUGAUGGUCUUUAUAAUGGUAUCAAAGUAAAUAACUGUAAUGAAGAAUACAACAAAAUGAAAUCAAUAGAAAAAAAUUUGACAGAGAUUGCAGACGUCAUAAAAACAACAGGAACUGCCUUAAAUAAUCGAGCCUUUUAUUUAAAUAAAUUAAAGACUUCUAAAAAUAUUACUGCAAUAAUAACCAAUUUAAAUAACAAUCUCUUACAAAGUAAUAUUAAUUGUCAAUGCAAAUUGAAGAAUGUAUCACUAUUUUGUAAUGAUGUUGAAAUACAAGGCUUCAGCCUUGGAUCAAACAUAAGUAAUUAUACAAGAAUUCAAAUUUUAUCGAUUGAGGAAGUUACAUUUAUUGUAUUCAUUACAUCAGAUUGUGUUUCAAUUGGGAAUAUUAAUAAAGCUAAAUUUUAUGAGAAGAAAGUUUUUUGUGUACCAAAUAUUCUCCAAGCAUCAGUAGAAUCAGUAGGAAAUUCAUUGUGGAUUAUUUUACAAUUACCUUUAGAAAUGUUAGCAUUACAUUAUGUUUCAUGGGAUAACAUUAAACAGUAUACUUUACCACCUUCAAAUAUACUUAUUACUAGUGCAUCACCAAAUAAUGAAUUAUUAAUGCUUCGAUCAGAUGGAGUUUGGAAUAUUAAUGAACUUGGAAGUCCACGUCAUAUAUUCAAAACAGAUUUAAUAGGAACAAUUGAAACAUUCUCGUAUGAUAAAGAAUAUUAUAUAAAAAGUAUAAAAAACAAUGCUACUAUUUUCAUGAAAUCUCUAUAUAUAGGUAAUUAAAUUGCUUCAACAAUAAAUAAAAAUAUUACGUAUUUAUCUGUGAUAUGUAUGAACGUUACUCUAUAAAUAUUAUAGAAAUUCUAUUUAUAUAAACAUA